GGCAGUGCCACUGGAGGCCCGGCGGUUUCAGAGCUUCGCCCGGGACGACGAACCGCAGACGACCCGUACGCAAAACUCGGUCGUAGUUAGCCGUGUUCGAAGGAUCGGCCGGCGAAAGGGGGCCGUAAUCGCACGAGGACGUAAGCCGCGACCCCCUCGGUGACCACGGGCCCGCGUCGUAAUCGUGAUAACUUUCGAUCGUGGAAACAUCUCUCUCUUUCUCUCUCUCUCUGUCUCUCUGGGGGGAGACGUGACAGAUCGGAGGAUAGAGACACGUUGGUAAAACCACAGCAACGUGUGCGGUGGACCGCACGACGACGAAGAGAUAUAUAUAUAUAUAUAUAUAGGAUAACACGCAGAGAGGAUCGACGGUGCGAGGAUUAAUUUUGGAGAUAAUUAUGUGAUCAGUGAGCGACGUCGUCUCGAGAGGAGAGGGGAAGAACGAUCGGUGGUGUAAAUCCGUAAAAAGGGUAAAUUGUGCGCGAGAAAGAAGGGGGGAAAGGGGCGCCGACGAAGGGUGACAAAGUGGUCUGGUAGCAGCGUCGAGCAGCGAGGAGGAUGAACAGAGUGACGGCGGAGGGUUAGGAGUGUGAGAGAGGGUGGACCGGCGGGGGCUUGGUUGGUGUGCUGGUUGUUUUGAGAUGUCAGUGGACCCGUCGAAGGCAACCGCGUCGUCGUUCUCGUCGCCGUCGCCGUUACUGCGCCCGUCGUCAUCAUGAGGAGAUCCUCUUACGUGAAUUACUACGUCCUGUGCCUCGUGUGCUGGAUUCUCCUAGGCAUCACCGGGGUGAGCACAAGAUCCCAUUCGUUAGUGAAGAGGUUCGACGGGAUUUACACGGGGCCGUACUUCGACUCAAACACCCCCACGAACAUCACGGCUCAGCUGGGGAGCCAUGCUUACCUUCCGUGCAAAGUGCGACAGCUCGGUAAUAAAUCGGUGUCGUGGAUCCGAAGAAGGGACUCGCAUAUCCUCUCAGUAGAUAGAACCAUGUUUAUCCCGGACGAAAGGUUUCAAGCGCUUUUCGUAGAUGCGUCGGACACUUGGACCCUGCAGGUUAAAUACGUGCAGGCACGCGACGAAGGCGAGUACGAGUGCCAAAUCUCGACCGACCCGAAGAAGAGUCACAUCAUCAAGCUCAACAUCGUCGUGCCAAAGAUCGAGAUCAUAGGCGACCGCGACAUGUACGUGAAGACCGGGAGUACAGUUGCGAUACGAUGUGUGAUCAAGCAAUCCCUCGAGGGCCCUUUCUACGUUUUCUGGUACCACGAGGGUGAUCGCGUUCUGGACUACCAAUUGAACAAGAUCGACAUCCAGACGAAGAGGAUCGAUCACGACACGGUCAGCAGCCUCCUGAUCCACAAAGCGAGGCGGGAAGAUUCGGGAAAUUACACUUGCAGUCCGAGCAGUUUGGACAGCGCGAGCGUGCAACUUCACGUGUUAAAUGGGGAGCAUCCUGCAGCGAUUCAAAGAGGGAUCAGCUCGGCACCUGGUGGCUGUCCGACGCUAUGGUGGUUGGCAGGCGUCUUGACGCUUUAUUCGAGCCAUGGUAGCCGCCUGUUCGUCCUCGCCCUUCUGAUCCUCAUGGUCCUCUAUUCGAAGAAUCCAUCUUACUUCGCGCCGGAACGAUAAUCAGAAACGGGAGCUGGAAAGAUAAUGAUCGAUUAUCUCCUGCUACGAGACCCGGAAGGCGCCUCGAGGGAACGUUACAUCAAGAGGAGGCGAGGGAAAGUGCAAGGCUUCUUCGGAAAAAAAGACUUCGUGGCAAGGUGGACGAUGAAGGGAGAGAGAAGUUGAUCGAGGGAAAACCGCGAGGGAACAUCCGCGCGACGAGAAACUGCGUGUUCACGUUCGAAGAUAACCGAGAGAGAGAUAUCGAAAUCCUUCAUCCAAGCGAAUAAAAUACAACCGAAUUUCAUUUGUCGGAAAAAAAAAAAAAAAAGAAAAGGAAUGAUUUCGAAUAAGUGUCGUUUACGUCGCGGCUCAGUGAUUGAAUUUCAUCGAGAAAUUAAAUGUACAUUCAGAAAGGGGGAAAAUCUUCACAACGAAGGAUCGAAGGAUCCUGCUUUUCGAACUCGACUCGAUCCACUAUUGAUUAUAGGGAUCCGUGAACGACGUCGAUCGCGGGCGUCUCAACGACGAUUCUACUCUGUGAACGUGGUAUUAUAAGAGAAAUUCAGGAUAACGCACGUUUUUUCGUGCGUCGAGAUAUGUAUGAUCCGGCCGUUAGCAAUUAGGGGUUAAUUAAUCUCGGGGGUGAGAGAUUACCCGUGAUAUCGGCGCGAGUUCUUCACGACGCGGUCGAAAAGUGGUUACUUAUGGUCGAGCGAUGGACAAAAACGAAACGACACGAAGUUUGCGAACACCCUCCCUCUAAUCCUCACCUUCAAAAGCGGGACAACAAACACGAAUUUUUUAUAGGAAUUAUACAUAUAAAAAUAUACGAUCUUCCAAUGUGUAUUUCAAACACGCGCGAUAUAGAACCUUUUAUACCCUCGUUACGCAUCCUCCAUCGUUCUAUAACGAAUCAUUCUAACUGAUCGCUGAAUCGUCAUACAUACGAAAUCAUUGUACAUAUUUGCCUAUAUAUAAAAAGUAAAAACACCGUCGUGUUGAAUGAUCGUGUAAAAAAAAAAAAAAAAGUCUUCGAAGGGACGAC